CUGUCCUAAAAUUUUCAGGUUUUCUUUCAGAUUCAUAGCCCAAAUAUUUUUAUCGAGCUUUGGAGGGGGACACUCCAAAUUUCAGAAAUGGUAAAAUUUAUAGACACUCCCGAGCGUGAUAAUGGCAGCUGUCCUAAAAAAUGUUCUGCCUGGAUAGCUGGAUGAUUGUUUCAUGGGCAUACAAUAGUUGAGUGAAGAGGAACAAUUAAAGCAUGUUAAGAAUGAUUAAAGCCCCCGAUUUAUACAUCAAUAUAUGAAGACAGCAAUCAAACGAAAUUUUUUUCAGAAUAAGCAUUGGAGAGUACGGCAUCAAGAAGCCAGAUUCCAAGCAAACACUUCUAAAAACGUUCACGAUUUCCAUACGUUUGAAGAAAUUGUGGGACAUAUUUGGGAAAGUAACAUAAUGAUGCCAAAAGUUAUAUUUCUUCACGCCCUUGAAGAUGAUUGCAGGCUGAUACAUGCAGAACGAACAUAAAUUGAAUUGAUAAUUGAAAUGAGGAAGAGGGGUUAAUAACUGUGCCAUGCUGGCGAUGGUGCAAAUGAACCCAGAAUUACGGAACGACUUGAUUUUUCUUUACCUGAUACAAUUGAUCUUAGCAGUGACGGUUGAGGUUUUCUAUGGGUUUCCCUCGCCCGAGUGCGAAUGCAGUCACUAAAAAACCACUUUCCCCUAAUGAAUAGUUGAUAAAAUGAAAAUUGUACCUAUCCUAUUAAUGAUG